AGGGCUUCCCCGGGCAAAUCCAGCCAAGGGGGCGAUCCCGGCCCCCUGCUGCAUCUGUGGCCCCCGGCUCCCCAAGCCUCGGCCCCUGCAGCAGCAGCCAGCCAUCCCUCCGCCCCACUGCCCCAGCCUGGGCGCCCGGCCCUCCGCGCUAAACCGGGGAGAGGCUGGCGGGGGUAAGGUACGAGGGUGACCUGAAAGUGGAUUGACUCCGCUGGAUUAAGGCCCUGCGGGGAGGCGGUUGUUCCGGAGUAAGAGCGGGCACCGCUGGAGGUGGGCAGGAAUAGCUCCUCCCUGGCAGCGCCGCCAGGAUCCCAGCCCCUGUGCACAAGCACCGAAAACCUGAACAAGCUCCAGCCUGCCAGUCCUAGACGGAGUUUGUUCUAAAGGUGAAUUUUCUAACAGGAGCUGGAGCUGCUCCACGGUCCCCCACCCCAACUGCUCAAAAUCCAUCAGUCGCACCCUCAAAAAUGAUGAAAAUAACUUAGAAAUAAUGAGACGUUAAAGAAGCACAGGGCUGGUGUUCGGUGGCUUUGCCUUCUGGGGUCAGAGCCCCAGGGACCAUCUUUUCAAGCUUUUCCCCGCAAUCACAAGAGCUGGAAACUCCCCCCUUUCUAUUAAUGCAAGCAGAGAAUCUCCCAUAAUCACAUGACUCCAGAAGCUGGGACUUUAAGAAAAACUGCACAGGCUCCCUUGAGAUAACAAGUCAGGAGAUCUCUGCAGCAGAUGCUGGGUCCCACCCUGCUGCAUCUGGCCCCCAGGGGCCUUCGGUUUGGCUCGAGCCAGGGUGUAACAUGCCACGAGCUGUAGUCUCCGCCGUGUUUACACCUAUUACAGUUGAGGGUGGCUGGGGCCAGGGCUGUCUCUGAUCAGGCAAGUUCAAGAUAUGCAGCAGGGUUUUUUUUAUUCCACCCAUCAAAUUUGCGAGCUUGUAUGGUCAGCGGCAGGGCGGAGCAGCCACCUUUGGAGCUAUGCAGGAGGAAUCAGACUGGCUGCCAGAUGCGCUCCUGGGUGACCAUACCACCUCCCGGGCUGCGUAAGGGCAGGGCUCAGCGGGGAGACCUGCAGGAGGGGACAGUCCGCAGUGAGCCCAGCGCGAUGGUAGGAAGGGCAGUAGUGCUGCAGGUGCUGUGGUCAGUAAAGAGGUCGUCACAUCUUUCGUACCUGGCAGGUGUUACCCUGACAGCAGGUCCACAUUCCCCUUUGAGUAAUUAAAACCUGCCCAUCCCUGCAGCGUCAGUGGGGUCCGAUAUUCUCCACUUCCUGCCCUAAGGGCUGGGCAGUGUUAAACAGCGGCCGUGUUCCAACCCAGAGCUGGCUGCCACUGCAGGCGGGGGGAGUGAGUCUUGCUGUGUGCGGCUGAGACAGUGCUUUGGGAUCGGCGUCUGUAAGGCGCUAUAAGGAAGGUAAGGUAUUAGAUUCCUGUGGGGGCACAGAACGGUUAUUGGCAACUGAAUAGCCCCCGCAGGCUUCAGGGAAACAUACGAGCGAUUGUCUCUACUGAGAAGUUCCAAAGAGGCCUACAAGGUGGUGUGCUGUUUCUCUGUCCACAGAUAGUUUCAUGCUAACAAGCUGCUGCUGGGAAGGUUGGCUGGAGCCGUCUCCUCUGCAGCUGGCCGGCGUGGCUGCUGGAGACCGCACGGCGUGUCGGAGCUGUGCCCGUCCCGUAGGACGGCAGCGAGCAUGUCUCAGAAGAGCAGGAACCGCCAGGCACGUGGCGGGGAGGAGAUCACGGCCAGUCCUGCUGGCAGCGGGGAUGCAGCGAGGACAGGAGCUGCCGCGGUGCCCCGUGGGCAGCUGAAAGGCAAACGGAAGGUCCUGGCAGAGCCCAGUGGGACGGAGGUGUUGACCGUGGAUAAGAGGAGGAAGGAAGGGGAGGUGGCGGAGGGGGGAGGAGCUGGGAGCCUGGGGGAAGCCGUGAGGCAGGCGCGGCUGCGGGUUGCCCCCUCUGUGCAGGACUUCAAGUACAACAAGAAGCGAGUGCGCCUGGUCUCGCAGGGCUCCGACCUCAAGGAUGCUGCCAAGGGCGUUGUGUACUGGAUGUCUCGAGACCAGAGGGUGCAAGAUAACUGGGCUUUCCUGUAUGCCCAGCGCCUGGCCCUGAAGCAGCAGCUCCCUCUGCACGUCUGCUUCUGCCUGGUGCCCAAGUUUUUGGAGGCCACCAUCCGUCACUUCGGCUUCAUGCUGAAAGGCCUGCAAGAAGUGGCCGAGGAGUGCCAGGAGCUGGACAUCCCCUUCCACCUGCUCAUCGGCUUUGCCAAGGACGUGCUGCCUGCCUUCGUGGCGGGCCGUGGCCUCGGCGGAGUGGUGACAGACUUCUCCCCGCUCCGCGUCCCCAUGCAGUGGGUGGAAGAGGUCAAGGAGAGGCUCCCGGGAGAUGUGCCCUUUGUACAGGUUGAUGCGCACAACAUUGUCCCAUGCUGGGUUGCCUCAGACAAGCAGGAGUACGGAGCCAGGACAAUUCGACGGAAGAUCCAUGAUCGGCUCUCAGAGUUCCUCACGGAAUUCCCUCCCGUCAUCAAGCACCCGUACUCGUCCGCAGCCCCGGCAGAGCCCAUAGACUGGAACGCCUGCCACGCCAGCCUGCAGGUGGACUGCUCGGUGAAGGAGGUGACUUGGGCGACGCCGGGGACGGCCGCGGGGCUGGCUGUGCUGGAGUCGUUCAUAGGCGAGCGGCUGAAAUCCUUCGGCACCGACCGGAACAACCCAAACCGGGCAGCGCUCAGCAACCUCUCGCCGUGGUUCCACUUUGGCCAGGUCUCCGGCCAGCGGGCCAUCCUGGAGGUGCAGAAAUAUCGCAGUAAAUACAAGGAGUCGGUGGAUGGCUUCAUCGAGGAGGCCGUGGUCCGCAGGGAGCUGGCCGACAACUUCUGCUACUACAACAGGAACUACGACAAGGUGGAAGGUGCGUACGACUGGGCCAAAACCACUCUGAAGCUCCACGCCCAGGACAAGAGGUCUCACCUCUACGAGCUGGAGCAGCUGGAGGAGGGGAAGACGCACGACCCGCUCUGGAACGCCGCCCAGCUCCAGAUGGUUCACGAGGGGAAGAUGCACGGGUUCCUACGCAUGUACUGGGCCAAGAAAAUCCUGGAGUGGACCCGCUCCCCCGAGGAGGCCCUGAAGUUCGCCAUCUACCUCAACGAUCGCUAUGAGCUGGACGGCCGGGAUCCCAACGGCUACGUAGGCUGCAUGUGGUCCAUCUGCGGGAUCCACGACCAGGGCUGGGCCGAGCGGGCCGUGUUCGGGAAGAUCCGUUACAUGAACUACGCCGGCUGCAAGAGGAAAUUCGACGUGGGGCAGUUCGAGCGCAGAUACGAUCCCCGCAAACUGGGCCAGUAGGCUUGAGGGGGGGCAGCUCCUGCUGAAACCAGGACAGCUGGGGCUCGUGGGGUGGGGUCUCUGCUGGGCCUUUGAACGUUUGCAUUUCCCCUGAAUACCAUUGAAAGGCCCGUGCCGCUGAGCCGAGAGCCAGCGGGGACUCGGCUGCCCUUGCCACGGUGCCUCUUGUCUACGGAUUCCCCCAAGGCAGCAGUUUGGGUGCAAUGCCGGGAGCUGGGGCAGCAAGCCUCCGCUUUUCCCUGGAUGCCCAAAGCUCUCUCUGGCACAGCCCUGGAUGUGCCACCUCCAGCUACUAGCCAGGGCCAGCUCUAAAAGCUCCUUUGAUAUUUCUAGAGGGGACAGGCUCGCCAGCCACCCCGCCUGCUCAGGGAGGAGACACUGUGCCUUUUCCAGUGUAGCCCUCGCCUGCAGCAGGUAGACAGGCCUGGUCUUAGAGCUCUGGGAUGGAAAACUGCAGCAUGUAGCUUAGAGCUUCUGCAUUGAUGGCGUCUAGAACGAGCUGCUGGGGGGCAGAGGUGGGGGGAAGCUCAGAGCAGAUCCACUGCUGCUGGCAGGAUCUCAGCUUUUACUCCGAGCAGGGAAGAUGGGAGCUCCCAGGGUGAAACACACUGACCUCAAGUGGCUGUGUUACCUCUAGGGGCUUUUCCGCCCCACCCCAUGCAGAGAUGGAUGCUUGUCUCACCCCACGCAGGAAGCAUAGAAUCAUAGAUUAGGGUUGGAAGGGACCUCAGGGGAUCAUCUAGUUCAACCCCCUGCUCAAAGCAGGACCAAUCCCCAAAUGGCCCCCUCAAGGAUUGAACUCACAACC